UUUCACACUUACCCAGAAAAAUACACUCUCAUAUCUCUCUCUCUGCCUCGUUGAGUGUGUCCAUGAAAUAAUACAGAGAGAAACUGUAAUGGAGGAAGUGGUGGCGAAGUGGCCACACUGACACACUGGUUUAUGAUGGUGAACCACAACAAUGGCGAGCGCUCCACUGAUGUUGAUUCUCGUCUCCGGCAGAAAGAGCAAGAUAAACUCUUGUUCCACGACUUUCUAGGCUCCAAGGCUGCAACUUUACCAUCUACCUCCAUGGCCGACCAUAGGAUACCACUAGAUAAGGCGGCUAAACCGGCGAUGACUUCCGCUUCCUCCGCCGGUGGACGCGGCGGUCUCUCCUCAACCUCCGAUCUCGUUGAAAGAUACGGCGGCGACGGGAAUCAUCUUGAUGGGAUACAAAUGUUUGGACCAAGAAGUGAGGUUUCUGGCUCAAUCAUGAGUAAUCGAUUUUCAGGAAACAAGAGAAGUAACUCGGAUUCACAGUUCACGACUCAAGAGCACCCAGAGACUCUGCACUGGUCCAAGUUGCUGAGAAACGGACCUGGAAGCCUCUCCAUGAAUGUGAAACCAUUGGCAAACCAGCCUCAACGCGGAGGAGGACAGAUCAGUCAUUUGCUUCAUCACUUGUCUUCAAGCAGGUUCAAGGACGAAAACGUGGGACCAUCAGGAAUCGCUCAGACAGCUGCAGAUGAAGGUUCACGAACAGGGAUGAAAGGUCCUGGUGGUAUCUUGAGUUCUUUUACAAUGCCAAACCCAAGCAAGCUCGAAUGUUUUGCUCCUUCAAGUACCGGGAAUGGGAAAGACUUGUCGUCGAGUACUAAGCAAAUGACUAUCUUCUACGGUGGUCAAGCUCAUGUCUUUGAUGAUGUUCACCCAAACAAGGCGGAUGUGAUAAUGGCUUUAGCAGGAUCAAGCGGGGGCUCAUGGUCUACGGCUUUGUCUCAUAAACCGAAGACAAAGAACAACACAAGCGACGGACCAUACAAACUAGGCCAAAUGUAUGAAGGAGGCAGCUCUAAAGAAACACCGUUUUUGGCCCCGGAGUUUCGUGCAAGGCCGGGUCAUCAAGCCACCUCCGGUGCCUGUCACAGGAUCUUUACACAACCAGGUAAAGAACAUCAAGGAAGUAUAAUCAUAAGGGGACGCGAUACCAGAGAUCCGAUUCACGUAUCAGAUCCUGAAAAGAAGCCACAUGAUUAAGUCUGAAUAUGAGAGAUGAUGAGUGUGGCUUUUCUUCUAGGUUGUUAUUUGUUCGACUUAAUAGCCAUUUGCAUUGUUCUGUGCCUUUCUAGGUUUGUAUUCAAACUUCUCGUUCUCAAUUAUUAGAGUGUAAUAUUUUCCCAUAGCUAAUAUAUAACCAAUUGGUCAACCAAACUUGCUGUUCUAUGCCUAUAAGAUUUUCCUA